AAUGAGAAGAGACAACUUCUUCACUUAAUUGCUCUUCACAAGAUGAGUAUUCAACUUAGAGCAAUUAUAAAGUGAGUAGAAGUAGAGAGAAUCGCACAAGAAUAAAGAUAGGUGACACAACGAUUUUUAUCCCGUGGUUUGGCCAAGUAGAACACUUGCCUAGUCCAUGUUUUGGCUUCCCAACGGACGAGGGUUGUACUCAACCCCUUUCAAGUGAUCCAAUAAUCCACUUGAAUACCACGGUUCUCUUUUAUCCCAAGUUUAUCCCCUUGUGAGGAAUCUCCACACUUUGGAGUCUCUCACACCUUACAAAAGAUCUCAAAUGAGCACAGGAGUAAAGAGGGAAUAACAACACACACAAAAGCGAGAGUCGUAGCACUAACACACACACAAGACGAGAGUGAGCACAAGAAAGCAACAUAGCGAAGUUACAACUCAGAAAGUCUCUUGAGUGCUUUAUCAUUUUGUAAAUGUACAUACUAUUUAAGGGACUAGAUGUCAUUAGAUUUAAUUAUAGUGGUGGUUGGAGGUGAAGGCAGGAGGGACUUAAGAUUGAUCUCUCUUUGCUUGGUGAUCUUCUGGUGGCGAUCUACCAUGAAGUAUGAUAGAAAUCUCUCCUUCGUCGCUUCAUGAGCCUAGUUUAUGAGAUCGUCAAAUUCCUACUGCUCAUCGACCGACAAACUCUACGUAGUCGGCUUAAGAAUAUUGUAUGGAGAGACAUUGGUGUGUUCUUUAGAAUUGGCCAUCACGCCGAUCUAAUAAUCCGAAACGCACUUGUCCCCAACAGAGUCGCCAAAAGUGUGUUGACGUCUUUUUGGGGUAAACACUAAACAAAUCCUAGGCUUGCGCACGACGUGUAGGACCUUGGGGUCCUCUCGAGAGAACGCGAACCGUCCACGAUAGUAGCUAGACCAUCCGUGAGAGAUUCGCUUCUCCUCUGCAGGUGCACAGACGAUGGCAUAGAGAACUUCGAAAGAACUAAGAUCUCACCUCCCCGGAGGGACGUCAUCAGGGAAGAAGGAUCUUGGGGUUGCUUUUGGCGUCGAAAGGCUACCCAAAGCCCCUCUAGUCGAAGAGAGACGAAGAAUGGAGGUUUGAAUACUACAACUAGGGCAAGAAUUAAUUCUAAGACUAAUGCAUAAAGUGAUUAAGAUAAAACAGGAUUUUGAUUCAUUUGUUGGAUGAUUCAAUCGUCUGUACCAAUAUUAUAUAUAUAUAUGAGGAGUUUUGGAUCCGUUUUCGGGCAGAACAUAACAAAAUCCCACGAGAUAUUCGAAUUACCUCGCAAGAGUUAAGGACUACAACGUAAAUUAAUGUGAUCAUGGCAUUCAACUUGCCAUGUCGUGCCGUUCGAGUUGCGAAUCGAUCGUCCAAUUACCAGAUUUAAUGCUCCACACAUACUCGAGGAGGAUUCGUCACCAUAAAUUAAUGUGACCGUGAACUGUUCAAGUUGUCAUGUCGUACCCUUCGAGUUGCGGAUCAAUCGUGAAGUACUCCCUCCGGUUUCCUAUUAGUUGUCGUUUAGGACAACGACACUAUCUUCAAAAUAUAACUUUGACUAAUGUUUUUUAUUAAAAUACAAAUAAACUCUUAAUACAUUUAUAUUUGUAUAAAAGUAUUUGUUAAGAUAAAUCUGUGCAUAUAAACAUUAGGUUUCAAAACUAAAUAAUAAAAUAGUUAUUUGUAAUAAAAAAAUUAUAAAUUUGAUUUAAACCUUUUCCGAAACAACAACUAAUAGUACAACGGAGAAAAUACAUUUAUUCAUGUUUGUUCUAUGAGGCAAAAAAAAACAACUUUCGAGGAGCCAACGUUCAUUGCGGGGCAAAAUCCAAGUGCCGCCACGACUCGUACAGGUUCCAAGAGGAGAUUGUGGGCCAGCCCGUUUGAAACCGUGACACUGUCGUAAGGGCCCACCGCCAUGUUACGAAUCUAUCGGCAUCGGCACCGGGCCAACGCCGCGCACCUUCGAGUCUUCGAUAGCCCUCGAAGAGUUAUUUGCCCGUUCGCCAUCAUCAAAGGCGGGCUUCGCCCAAUUGCCAUCAUGGCAAUGUGCUUCGCUACUCUGCCAGUUUCAAACAACGGUUCACAGAUAUAAUGCCAUUUGUACCUCUUCACUAACCUGGACGCUAACUGUUACACUUUAACUGACAAUUAUACCCUUAGCUGAGACUCCGUUGCUGUCUUGUUCGCUCCUUGUUCGACGGUCUCCCUCACUCCUCCAACACCGUCGCUCAGGCCUGACCCCCGCCGCCGCCUAGGACUCGCCAGCGCCGUCGCCCACUCCCCUAGUUCUUCACUGCAUCCAGACCACGCCGCCGCCUGAGGCCAGGCCUCGCCACCGCCGUCGUCCAAGUCCAGGCCUCGCCACCGCCGAAACCCUAGGCCAUCCAAGUUGCGCCGCUGCCCGAGCUGAGGCCUCGCCAGCAUCGUCGCCCAAGCUCAGGCCUCGCCAGCACCGUCGCCCGAGCCCAGGCCGCGCCACCGCCGUCGCCCGAGCCCAGGCCUCGCCACUGCAGUGGCCCGAGCCCAUCCAGGCUGCCCUGCCGCCUAGUGCGUAAGGUCAAAUUGUCCCCAUUUGUAAACAUGGAUUCCAAUCUUAGUGAUACUGUGUCAAUGCUCGAUGGAGAGCCUGAGCUUACUUUAGCUGUUGUUGACCCAAUUGUUGCUAUUGACGAUAUGCCACAAGCACAACAUAUUGAUUGGAACACACUGCAAAUAGUAGAAAGACAAGAUGAAGAGGGAAGGCUGGAAGUAAUAGAUGAGGAUCAGCUGUAUAAUCUAUUGGGCUUGACUGUUGAUGUAGAGACUCCUUCUAUAGAUGGUAUGGGUAAUGAUGGUGAUGCUGGUAGGGUUGAUAGUGAGGCAGGGAGGGUUGAUGGUGAGGCUCCUCAUCUUUUGGAUGAUAGUUUUGGCGCAGAGAUUCCAGUUGAUGAUGAUGUGCCUGAGGAGAGAGUGUUUGUGCAUGACCCAGAUAAGCCCAGCAUGAGUAUUGGCACAGUGUAUCCUGACAUGAAAGAGUUUAGAUUGGCUAUGCGUCAAUUUGCCAUAAAUGAGGAAUUUGAGCUUCACAUUGCAAAAACUGACCGAGCUAGGUACAUUGGGUAUUGCAAAGGAGAUGGAUGUCCUUGGCAUAUUGUUGGACGGAGACAACCAGAUGGGAAAACUGUUAUGGUGACUGUGCUGAUUGGUGGACACACCUGUACCUCAAGUGCAAGAAGGAAAACCACUACACCCACUAGUGCUUGGGUAGCUUCUAAAGCUGUUCAUAUCCUGCAAAAGAAACCAGCCAUGAAGACUGUUGAGCUGAGGGACAAGUUACAGGAAGACUUCUGUUAAGAGGUUUGGUGGUGUUCCCUCGAGCUGAGCAAAGGGAGUGCUUCAGGCAUUUGAUGAAUAAUUUUGUUAAGAGGUUUGGUGGUGAUAUUUUCUCAAAGAUGUAUCCAACGGCAAGAGCCUAUAGGAAAGAGGUGUCUCAGUAUUUUUUCAACCAAGUUGUAGAGGCUUCCCCUGAUGCCAAGGAUUGGCUAGACAAAAACCACAAACUGUUAUGGAGGAGGAGUGAAUUCAACCCAGAAAUCAAAUGUGAUUACAUCACAAACAAUCUUGCAGAAGUCUUCAAUAAUUGGAUUAAGGACUUCAAAGACUUGCCUGUACAUGAACUUGCUGACAAGUAUAGGCAGAUGGUAAUGGUGUUGUGGAACAAGAGGAGAAUUAUUGGAGAAAGACUUAGUGGAAGGAUCCUUCCUGCAAUAAUACAUCAAUUAAAAGCAAGGACUAGGGGAUUAGGACAUCUAUCUGUUGUUAAGGCUAACUGCAUUUCUGCAGAGAUUUUGGAUAGUAGCAGCACCCAUAACAGGCAUGUGGUGAAGUCUUAUUUGCAUCACUGCACUUGUGAGGAAUGGCAGCAAACAGGUAAACCUUGUCAACAUGCUCUUGCUUUGAUCACAGCACAACAAACAGUAGAUGUAAACAUGGAAGACUUUGUGCAUGAAUAUUAUUCUGUUGAGAGGUUUAGGAAAGCAUACUCAAGAUUGAUUGAGCCACUUCCUGACAGAACACAAUGGCCUGAAGUGGACUUGCCAUUUGUUGUUGGAGCACCACUGGACAAAAGGCUUGCUGGUAGACAGAGAAAACUUAGGAUCAAAAGUUGUUUGGAGGGUGGAGGUGGUGGAAAACCCAAAAAAGAUGCAAAGGUGGCUGCUGUAGAAGCUGAAUGGGGGACAAAGAAACAAAUGAUCCGAGGAAAAAGAAAGUGCAAAAGAUGUGGAGAGCUAGGGCACGGAGAAACAAGCUACAAGUGUUCGCUAAAUGGAACAAAAAAGAGGAAGAGGAAACCACGAAAGAAUACCACUAAGUAUGGAGAGAAUGCCAAACUACCAACAAAAAGGAGAGGCCAAAAUGUGGAAGAGACAAAUGCUGCUGUAGACCAAACUGCGCAAGAGACAGCUAAUGCAUACCAAGAUGUGCAAGAGACAAAUGCUAUCAUAUCAAGUCCUAUCAGACCAAAUAGAGAAACAAUAUUACAGGAUAGCCCUGUUAGAUUGACUAGAAGGGGCUUGCUAUGUUGCUUGGGGAGAGCACAAGCGAGCAGGCUGACUUCAACCUUGGCAGCAACAAAUAUUUGAAUGUGUCGCCAACAAAGCUUGCAACAAUAAAGAAUGCAAAGCCUGCAAAAAAAAUAACACCAAGGAAGAAGAACCUGACAGCAAGUGAAUGACACCAAGGAAGAAGAAGAACAACAAAUAUUUGAAUGUGUCUGUUUGAACCUGUCUGAAAUCAAUAUGUAUGAACUGUGUGACUCUUUGUAUGGGUCGAAUGUGUGUAAAAUUUACUAUCUAGCUUUCUGAACAUAUAUGAAACCAGUGAGUCUAAACUGUGAACAUCUAUGAGGUCAUUUGAACUGUGAACACCUCUGAAAUUUCAUGUGAAUUUUGUCGUU